UUAAUAUUACUUCUACCGAAAUAAUAAAUUCUAGCCAUUCUAAUGAACCCAAUAAUGCUUCGGUAUCUGAUAUAUCUGUUAAUGCUUCAGUACAAAUAUGCAGGCUUAUGCCAAAUUCUGAUGAUACUCCUAGACAGAUAGAAAAUAGUGCCAAUAUAUACCAGAAUAUGGUUAGCCAAUGCCCUACAUCCCAUAACUACCCUGAAAUAAAUCAUGAUAAUACUUCCACAAAAGGUGAGUUAUCUACAACCUCUUUGCUACAAGAUAUUAUCAAUGAUAAUUCAGCCAAGACCUUUGAUUUUGUAGAAAUGAAACAUAAAGAAUAUGUUAGUGAAGAGAUAAUGAAGAGAAUUAGGGAAAAGAAACAAAACUUAUCUUUGGAUAAUAAUUUACCAGAACCAUCCAAUUUAUCAUACAAAGAUCAAAAUUUGAAAUCGUCAACAAUAUCGCAAUCUAUCUCUAGCCACUCUGUGACUACCUUUG